AUGGUUCGCGUCCUCCACUACGCUCUACUCACCAGUUUCGGUGUAAUUGCUGUUUCCCUAUAUCACAUUUGGGGAUAUGACAGGGCAUGGAGGACAAUGCAAAGUGUUGUUAACGCCUGGCAGUCCAGCGAAGAAGGCACAUCCAUCCCUCAAUUCAUGACUCUCCCCUCUUCACUGGUCCCAACCGAAUACCGAUAUGACCUUGACGCGAAUGCACCGUACCCCUUCCUCGAUGGACGACACAUUGGCUAUCGAGUACACCCGCUUCCCCUCGAGCUCGCCAUUGCGCAAAGCCGGUCCCACUCGCCCUCGUCCGGAGCCCCCUUCUGGCCUGGAAACUCCUUGGAUAAGAACUUGACCGGGAAGGAGGAUGGAUCUAUCUGGGCAGGGAUGGAACAGAUGGAUAUGGUGUUGGCGUAUGACCCUUUCGAUAAGAUGCUUUGGGAGGGUAAGGAAAGGCGAGGAGAGUAUGUGCAGAGGGCGAAGAUCCAAUCCAAUGAUUCUCCGCCGUUUGAAGGUUGGAACAGAAUUGCUGGGAGGAUGCGCCUGAUGUUUGGCGCUUCGGGGGCGCUGAGCUUGGGAAGAAAGAUUCAGUACGACCUUGUCGGCCUGCACAACGAGCGAGACGGGACGUGUCGCAUCUACGGGUUUCCUCAAGGGCGGACUCCUAAUUUACAGCAUGCCCAAAGGUUCUUGGAGCGUUCUCUUGAAGACUACGAUAUGGGCAAGGAAGAAGUCAUCACAUUAUCAAAGAUCAAGGCUAGUGAGCUACCUGCGACGUGGUUGAUGAGCCGAUUACAAGGCACAUUCAUCUUUGCAGACUUGACGAUGAUUGAGUAUAGGAGCUGGCCUUAUGGGAUAGUAGCAUGGCAAGUGGUCCAAAUCUCCAUCUUAUUUGCGCAAUCCAUGUACAGCCCCAACUCAAGAUAUCUUCCUCCCUUUUUGGCUCCCAAGUUCUAUGCCUCCUCGUACCAACCUCCUUUUACGACCGAGCUGCGCGCCGCUCUGAACUUGUGCGACAGCCCGACGUGUCACAUCUGUUACGAGGCUAUUCGUUUCCCUCAACCUCCCCUUGACCUCGACAAUGCCGAGAAAUGCGAGACGGGCAUCAACAAUCAAGCCGAAGAAGUCGUCGGCGACGAUGAGGAUCAUUUGCUGCCAGAGAUUGCCAGGUCUGAAGAGGAAGGUAAAGAAGAAGUGGUUACUUUGCACGAAUCUGGAGAAGCACCGGCUGCAGACGACUGGGCAGUGGGUCCAUGCGGGCAUGUUUGGCAUAUGACGUGUCUGGAGAAAUGGCUGGCGAUCAGCCCGAUCUGCCCUCUUUGUACGCUGGAGUUACCGCCUCUACUACUUGGUGAUGCCGAUACACGGUCGGCCAUGGGGGUGAUCAUUGGGAUGUGA